GCCAGGCAGUGUCGCGCGGCUGGGAGGCGGUCCCCGCGGGGCCGAGGCUGCGGUUGGGGCUCCCCACACGGCUCCCGAAACUCUUCCACUGAGACUGCAGAAUUAGGGAGAAGCACGCAUCGAGGCAGCUGGAGUCAGAGAACAAAACGAGCGGCGCGCCGCUCCUGGCAGGAGGCAUUUAUAAGCUGUAAAGCGAGGACCAAUCUGAGAAAUCCGAGAGGCCGAAACGACUGAAAAACCCCUACUUGCCGAGUCCCUCAACUCGCAACAGAAAUUAAAAGGCCUCGGUCGACGCGGACGCUUCCGCGACAGAUGUGUGCGGCGCAGGAGCCGGGGGGACAGGGGAGGCCCGGAGCCCCGGUGCGGCCCAGGGUCGAGACUGAGGAGGGCAGAGCGGCCGUGCGGGUAGGCCUCCGCCCCUCUGGCCUCAGUGGCGCGGACAAGGCGGGUCUGAGGGCGCUGAGGUGGAGAGCGCGGGCGGCUGCCCCCGGCAUGAAAACGCCGUGGAGGGGGGCUAGAAGGAAAAGUCCCCGACGGCCGGCGGGGCGGGGCCCGGUUCUUCUGCUGGUGACGCCUAAUUUUCGCUGUAAAUCAGGCACCAAUUUCACAUGAAAAGCCCGUAUUAUUUAAGGCCUACAUACAGGUGGUGUUUUUGAAGUUUAUGAAUCAACGUUUCUUUAAAAUUUUACUGUUUAAAACAAACGGAGAUUAUGCGUUGUCUGGAAGUUUCUAUCAUUGUAUUUUUAUUUACAAAACAUUUUUACACGGAGGAAAUUGUUUCUAAUUUUAAGGUCCUCUGUCACACCUUUCCUGAAGAUGUAGCCAACUAGAGUAUGUCCAGCCGUGUAUAAGCCAGUUACAACGGCUUUGAACCGACCUCCUAAGAUAGUUUGCAACACAAGCCUUUCUACAAACGUGGUUUCCUAAACUGUGCUGCUCACAGUUAUCAAGCCAAGCAAUUAUUGAAUCUGUCCAUAUUGCAGCAAAUGUGGAUAGAACUGGACAGAAACUCAAAUAUAAAAUGGUAGGACCAAAAUAGGUGUAGAUUUAAGUUGCACAUCAAAGGUAGUCCAGACACACCGGUUCCCAAGGCAUCUGACAGAAUGGAGGCUGGGUGCUCUGGUGGCUGGCUGGAGCCAGUCAGCAACUCCAGGCGCUGGGAGAGCUGCUCACAUAUGUAGCCAAGACGGAAUUAAAUGAGGGGCUAUGAUGUUUCCACAAUGUCAACAGCAAAAACAAGAACAGCAAAAUCCCGGAUGGGUCCACGUCCCCUCCAGCCAUUCUGGCCAGCUGGGAAGACAAGCAGACUGUGUGUAGGUCGGUGCGAUGAGUUGAACAGGUGCCAUACUUGUGAGCUUAGAGGACAUCCCAGAAAUAAACACAAUGGACAUGGAUGACAUCGAAUGGACUCAACCUUCCCAGUAACUGUCACAGAGGCCUCCAGAAAAAGCAAAGAAAUCACGAGGUGCUUCAAGAAAACUGCAGUCCCUGGAGAGAUGAAAAGCUGUGGGGAAGUUCUAUCCUGACAAGAGAGAAGGAGAUUUCACACGUAGGGGUUUGCUCAAGGCUGGAGGCCAGCGGCUUGGCAAAGCCUCUUCCCGUACAGUGGCGUUGGAGGUAAGAUCCCACUGGUGAACAAAAAGCUAAAGGCCAGCCCUGCCAUGUGGAGAGUGGAGGAUACUGGACAGCUGCUAGGUCUGCUGGAUUCGGAAACAAGUCCUGUAUCGUCCUCCGGGAGCCAAAGUCCUACCAGUCUCAGGUCCAACCUCUGCAGGGUGUACACAGAGGCUGUCACGCACUGACUUUGGACGAGGGAGUGGGAAUGGAGGCGGGGCGGGGGUGUGGUUGCUGUAGCAACGGGUGGGUGUGGCUAAGUUCUGUCUCCAUGGAGACCGUGUGGGCUGAAUGCCAUUACUAAAGGUGAACGCACCCCGAUGGACGACCAAGGUCCAGAAGGAGCCCAUGAGUAAAGGUUGGCUACAGUCCCCCGACCCCUGACUCGGCCUCCUCCAAUCUCGUGACCCUGAGACACAUAUCACACCUCUAGUACAUUCGGGCCAGGGGAGGGGAACAGCCCAGCGGGAGGAGCGGGCAGGGGUCCGUGCCCUCACAUAUCCCUGUGCCCCAGGCCCCAAUCCAUGGCUCCCAAGAAGAAGCGCGGGCCCAGCUUGGGUCGCUGGCCCGGCGCUGUGGGCAAAGGUACCGAGCCGCCGCUGUCGGAGCGCCCACAGUACCUGCAGCGCCAGUACAAGCUGCUCUCAGAGCAGCUGGACGCAUGCGAGGAGCGUGUGGACCAGGUGCUGCAGGAGAACGUCUUCCUGGACAGCGAGGCGCUGCGCCUGAGCGAGGAGAACCGGCUGUUCGCCAGCUAUGUGAGCGCGCGCACGCAGCGCAGCGCCAACGCCAUCGUUCGUCUGGACGAGCAGAACCGGGUAGAUCUGACGCAGAUCCACCGGCAGCGAGACCAGCUGGCGUCACUCUACCGCGGGCGCGAGGACGGGAUGCGCGCGCAGCUGCUGGAGAUGGAGGCACGCGCGGCCCAGAUGGCGCGGCAGGUGCAGGAGCUGCAACCCUACCAGGAGCUGCAGCUGGAGCAGCUGGCCCGUAUCCGGGCGCUUGAGCGCGAGCUGCUGCACAUGCGCGUGGAGCACACGCAGCUGCUCCACCGCGUGAAACGACGCUUCCUGGAGGACAAGGCGGCCUUUGAGCGCGAGGCGCGCCAGCGCGUUCAGUCCCUGGCGCGGCGGGCGGAGCGGGAGGCGACCGGCGCGCUCAUCGCGCACACGCAGGCCAUCAAGGCGGACAAUGGGCGUCUGCGACAGGAGCUGUUACGGCUGAUCCGCGGAGCCCAGCUGCUGCACAACACGAGGCGCCAGCUGCUGGAGCAGCGUGAGCAGCUUCGGCGCGAGCACGAGGACACGCGGGACCUGGCGCGCGUGCAUGACUGGCUGCGCCGAGGCCCUGGUGGUCCGCCACUGUGGCAGCCGCCUCCGCCGACCGCCUCGCGCCCGUGUUCUUUGGCCUCCUCCACAGGACCAUCGUGCAUGGCCUCCCGGAACCAGUCUCGGGACUCAUGGCGCGUGGCCUCCCGGGGUCAGCCAUUCAUCCCAUCGCGAGUGGGCUCGAGGGUUCCGUCGUUGGCCCCAUCGUGCGCGGGCUCCCAGGUCCGGUCCUUGACUGCAUCCCGCCCGGGCUCCUGGGCCUCUGGGCGGUCCUCAUUGCGUUCGGCCUCACAGAAUACCACUCCCUCUGCUGAGAAAGUGGGCACUGACUCUGUAGGCAAAGCCAUCUCAGCGAGAGCCUGAAACUACUGGAAAGAAAGCCAGUGAGACCAGGGCCUGGAGACAGUGUUGUGCAGGACUGCGCAUUUGGUGAAUGCAAUUGCUAAUAAAGGUGUGACUCUCUCACGCUGCUGGGUACCACCUGCUUCGCUGCUCUGGCAUGUCUGCCUAGCAGAGGGCCAUUCAUUCCCGCUUCCAGUGUCCAAGCUAAACGGUAGCUUGCUGCACCUUCACCCUGUGUGUGGAGGUAUUCAGCAUUCCUCUACUACUCCACAGCUGACCUUUGGCCACUCUGGCAGGGGCAGAGGAAGUCGGCCAUACCAGUGUGCGGCCCACAAAGGCUAAGCGUCUGGUGGCGGAGAAGGACCUGGCAGGCAUAGACCAAUGUAAGAGCAGGGAAGGAGUCCGGCGGUGCAGGGAAGAGCUGGGCAGCCAUGUGUUGUAGCCCUGAGGGCCAGCGCGGAGGGAGAUGAGGGCAGGAGGGCCACCCGGAGGGCGUGGGCUUCGUUUCCAGUGCCCUGGGGAGCCACCGGAGGUUUUAUGUUUAACAUACUGGGCGAACCUUGGGUGAUUCUUAAUUUUGGUAUAAUUUCCAACUUGGAGAAAAGUUGCAGUUAUAGUACAGGAACUCCCAUAUUCUAUUUACCGAGAAUCACCAGAAUCUUGCAUUCUGCCCCUUUGCUGUGUCUGCAUUUUGCCUGAACCACUUGAGAUUAGGUUUGAAACAUGGCGCCCUCUUCACCUCUAAAUCUUUAGUGUUUGCUGAGCACAAGGACAUUCUUCAUUACUGCAGUACAAUGACCCAAAUCAGGAGCUUUAGUGUGGAGAGAAUAGUAUUAGCUAAUCCCUAGCUCACAUUAAAAUGUCAACUGUCCCAAGGUGUCUUUUUGACCACCCCUCUGCCUGGGUCAUGCAUCCCACUUAGUUGUCCCAAUGUGCAUGCACUGCUUAUUAAGACAUCCCUCAGUUGUGGUUCGUAUCCGGGAGGUUGGGUGGCUUUCUGGGGAGGCCAGGCACCCUCCCACCUCUGCACCCUCCAUGCUGGCCUGAGGGGUAAGGACUUCAUCCUGAGAGCAGAGGGAAGGGUUUCUUAAAUGAUGGGUCUUUGGAUGUGAGUUGGAGAGAAGCCUUGGGGUGGCCUGGCCUUUGAGGUGGCUACAGCUUGGCUGGAGUGGCCAGCACUUGCAGGCAGCGCGGGCUGUGCAGGGAAGACCCUGCUGUGGGCCAAGACCACACACGCCCAGGUAGUGGAGGCUGGAGUGCAGAGCGCACAUAACGUAGAGCUCUCAGUCACCAAGGGCAGGGCAUGGUGUGGGUGAGUCACACAGAGUUGGCAGAAGCCCCGCCCCACCUCACUCAGUGGUUGGGGUCUGAACACAUGUGACCUGUAUGCCUGGACAACCCCCAUCAAAAUUUAGUGUAAAUGUUCUGGUUCUUGGUUGGAAUUCUGAGUCGUGAGCAGCAGCCAACAAAUCCUCUUGGAAAAGGUCACUUGGAACCCAAGCUAGUAAAAGUUCUUAUAACCAUUUCUCUAUAAAUGGAACUAGAGCUCCUUUGAGAUUUGGGGAAAGAAAUAAUACAGAAUGACUCUAGAACAUCUUGUCACAGAAAGCAAGGUUGCCACCAGAGAAAUUUGUCAGAAGGACAGGGUAGAAAAAGUGAAGGGCUCUGAUUGGCCAAAAAGCAACAAUUUAGGCAUAAAGAAAUGAUGAACUGUACUGAAUCAAAGACAGUACACAUCAAACACAUAAAACCAUUGAGUUUAAAAUACUCUAAAAACCCACCCCCACUGGUCAUCUUGAAGGUUGCUAAUAUAACACAUUAUUUUUUAAAAUUGGUAAAUAAUUACAUGUCUGUUCUGUCUUUCCCAAUAUGAACAAUAUUUCAGGAUAAAUUGUUGGUGAAGGAAAGUUAUGUAUAGAAUUCCAUCUAAUAAAUGCAAAAGAAACACUCAACAAUAUCAUGAUUGCUAAGGACUGAGAAGGAUAAUGGAGGAUCCAGCUGACCUAAACUCUAAGUUUACUCAGAGUGAGAUAUUAAGUACAUCCUGGUGUGAAGCAAUAGAAUCAGCACAGAGCAACCUAUAAAGCAUUCUUGAUUAGAAACAAAACUGAUAUAAUCAAGCUUGUAGAUCUAACUGCCGAUACAUACAAAAUACAGGGGACAGAGGGACAUGUUAAAAUACACAGCUGGUAUGCAGUCAUCCAAAUCCUCUACAGGACAAAUGACUUAGUAUUUUUUUCCAAAAAAUAAAUGGAAAAGAGUGAAAAAAUAGAGAGGGGAAAUUGUUAUUAACAGAGACUGAAGACACAAUUCCACUAAAUGUAACGUGGACUUUAUUCAACCCCUAAUUUGUAGGGUUAAACCAAGAGUUUCUUGGUGAUUACAAAGCUAAUAAACAGCAGCAUACUCUCUACUUCCUCUUCCCAGGCACUGCUGGCAACUAAAAUGCUACUAAACUCUCUUCUUUCCACACCCCCAGUUUCUAUAGUCUAGGUCACUGCUUUCCAUGAAAUAGCUCCCGUGAAUAGUUUUGUCACUUUUACUUUAUGUAUUUUGAAGCAAUUACUAGUUGUAUACAAAUUAAAGCUACUAACUCUUUCUGUGAAUUCAACCUUUUGUCAACCUGCAGUGUUCUUUACUUCUGCCCACAUCCUGUUUGAUGUUGAUGUGGCUGCUCCAGCUUGCUUUUGGUGUGUCUUACAUACCCCUUUCUAUGAGUAUCAAUUUUGUAUUUCAGUAUAGAAACAGUAUAAAUUGUUUGUAUGUUUUUGAAUAUAAUAUGACAGUCUUGGUCUUUUAACUACAGAUUGUAGUUAUUUUAUAUUGAUUGAUAUGCAGUAUUAAUAGCAGGAUGGCUUUUUACUGGUUUAUACUUUGUGUAUUAUCUUUCUCUCUUUUCAUGUUUCAGUUGAAACCUUCCCCCAUUCCAUUUGUUUCUCUACUUGAGUGGAAAUCUCCUAACAAUUGAGAAAUAUUAGCAUGUACAUUUAAGCUCAUCGUUUAUGAAGACAGUAUCUUUACCCUCCUCCCAACCCUAAGAAUGCUUUAAAUUUCUACCAUACCUUCUUGGCUUAGAACCUAUUGACAAGAUUACUCACCAAUUAGACAUUUUUACUUUGUGAAAUUUCAUCCACUUGCACAUAUACCAUCUGAGACAUAUUUCUAUGUAUGUGAUGCUUUUUAAAACUUUUACAAAGUUUACUUUUAAAAUCCUGCUGGGCUUUUGAUAGUCCUGGUCGUUCUGAUAGUCCCUUAUCCAUGUGCAGCUUUCUGGCUUCUCCCGCUAAACAAGCUGUUCAAACAGCCCUGGUCUGCCCUGUCCAGCUGCUGCCAGGAGAGUUGUUAUAGGGAUGAAGAUCAUGGCCUUGUAGGCCCUUGAGGCUGGGCGACACCCAGCAACAGAGGGCGCUGAUGGCCCCAAGUGGACACUCCAGUCUGGGCCCCCCUCAGACUGUGACACCUGUCUUCCUCUGUUCCCUUUACACCUGCCCACUGCCCUUCAAUUCCUGCCCCAAAUAACCAUCGCUCUCCAGGUGAGCUCCAUGGGCCUUUCCCAUUGCCCUCUGGAGCCCCUCCCCAGGAUCUUCAGGCCAGUCCAGAGAAAAGGGUCCAGACCAAGCCUACCUGCAGCCAGGCUCUGUUCUCUCCCAAAAGAGUCACUGACCCUCUUCAGCUUCCAGACACAUCAGCAGAGGCAGGAGGGACACUGGGCACCAGGAACAGUGGGGAGGCAACUUGGAGGGUGCAGUGAGGGUAGUGCCUCUGGGGGGUUCAGUGAGCCAAGCUGGGCAGAGAGCAGAGGAGUGGGCAGCCUUAAGACAGAGCAGGCCAUCGGAGGUGAGAGUGGGAGGAGUGUCCCAACCUGCAGAGGAAGGCUGUGUGGACAGGAAGGAGCCUGCCUGGCCCUCCCUGCCUUGGCCUGGCCCUAGGGCCCACCUGGAUGUGUGGUGCUUCUGCAAAGGGCCUGCUGGUGCAGGGGGGCCUGGCCCUGGGGCAAGAGCCAUGGGGAAGAAUGCUGGAACAAGUAAGGGGCUUUUGCACAGCAGGCCAGUCUGGAAAAUUCUUUUUGACUAAGAAUCCAAACAUUCAAAAAAAGUAAACACCUACCUACUAGAAUGGCUUAAGUCCAAAAUGCUGACACCAAAUCCAGAGAGGAUCUGGAGUGGCAGGAGCUCUCAUCCAUUGCUGGUGGAAAUCCAGACUAGUAGGAACAGCCACUUUGGAAGAGAGUUUGGUGUUUUUUUAAAUAAAAUUAACAUGCCCUCACAAUAAGAUCCAGCAACUGUGCUCCUUGGCACCGACCCUAAAAAGAUGAAAGCUUCUGCCCACACAAACACCUGCGCAUGGAUGUUAACAGCAGCUUUUUCAUAAUUGCCAAAGCUCAGACGCAACCAAGAUGCGCUUCCGAGUGGAUUAAUAAACUGGGGUCCAUGCAGACUGUUGAAUACUAUUCAGCUCUAAGAAGAAAUGAGCUGCCCAGACACAAAACGACAUGAAGGAAACUUAAAAUACACAUCACAAAGAGAAAGAAGCCAAUCUGAAAAGGCUCCGUACUGCAUGA